CGACUCCUAGCGACGCAAAACGGAACUGCACGCGGGACGCAAGAUGGACGCAAACUUCUAACUUUCUGUUUCUUUUUCGUUUCGCUUAUGCUCGCGCGAGCUACUCUGUUAUAGACAGCGCGGCGUCCCUCGAGUAGACGGCACGCGCUGUCGAAUGAAUUCGAAUCCCGGUCAGAAUUCGAAAUCCGUUAAAAAAAACAGUCCUUCAGAUCGAAUUGCUGGCAGCCGUUCGUUUUCACAGCCCAACCUUUGCUGUCUUUAUGUGGAUUCGCUUCCUGGUUGCAACACACAGUCACACAGUACAUUUCAAGUCCUUCAAAACGCAGUUCAGCUUCAGAGACCAGUCGUCAAGCAUAAUAAUUGUACUUACAGCUUUAAAUAAACGUUUCAUGACUAUUUUACGGGAAAGGCGGCAUCUUUUUAGUCGUUUAAGUGGAAUGUCGUGAGCCGUCGAAGAUUCGAAAUAUCUAAUAUCUCGAGUGCAAAGCGAAAUCCUGGGAUCUAUGCCUCGUCUUCAUGGAGAAUGAGACUACUCGAUCAACAGAAGGUGACUGGGGUCUUCUGGUGCUUGUACAUCCAGGCUCAGCAACCUUUAAAGAGAGUAUUCUAGCUCCACUUUGUAACAACUAUUUGUAUGAGGAAUCAAAAGAAUGUUUCACGUACAACUCUGCCCAUUUGAUCAACAAUGGCGCUUUACAAAAGCGGUAUGCAGCAUUUCGUUCCGAAAAAUGGGAAAAGGGAUAUUCUGAACAGGAACUUGAAGAGUCAUUUGGCUUCCUGUUGCUUGAUGAUGCAAACAGGGCAAGGAAAAUUGGCGAAACAGGGUUGUUAGUUGGACAAGCAAAAUGCACCACUCUUGGAGACUCCUUGAAAGGUGUCUAUAUCUCAAAAUACUCAGACUGCCUUGACCUGAAGCGCUGGUAUGAUGGCAAGACCGGCUACAUAGUCCUUUUGAAGCUGACCAAGGGGAGAGUGAAAGAGGUUACAGACAACUACACCCAGAAUUUCACUCCUCCGACAGCUGGCUACGACUGCCACAUAUCAGAUCAGCUUGGUGCUGUGUCUUCAACUACUAGUUCUUUCUUGGCCUAUGAGCGAACACAGUACUACAUGUAUGAACUCUGUGAUGGAAGCAAUGACAUAGAAACAUGUCCAAGACAUGCUUAUCCGUUUGCUAUUGUGGCAUUCUCAUAUGGGAAGAUGAGCACCAUGCCAGAGUUGGAGCAAAAAAGCCAAGACAAAACAGUGUUUCAUUACCAACCAUGGAUUGGUCAGUUCAAGAUUGAAUCUGCUAUCUAUGAUGUUGGUCUUCAGUCUUCGAGUGGAGCCUGGUUCCCAGCAAAGCUCCCAAAGACAGUUCAAGUUGAACGUGCAAUUGGUGUGUCUGAACUGAAGAGGACCUUGCCACGUGAAAUCUUUGAAACUUGCAUUGUGGGUGAAGUUUGCAUAGAUGGCAGAUGUUUCAACUUGUAUGACAUUGUCUCCUCUAAGGCGAAAAAUGACCUGGCUCAGAUAGCCCAAGAGCUGAAGCAAAAAGACAUGGCUCUUGUUAUCCCACUGGAAGAUUCUGGGUUCCUUAUACUGUUACAUUCUUCACACCUCUUCUCUUAUGAAGAUGCAAAGUCGGGUAAGGCAGCAGCACUUCAAGGCAUGUUUAUUUUCCCAGACUCAAGAACUGUGCCAAGAGAUGCCAAGUCUGACCUGCAAAAUUCUAAGGUAUCAACAGAAAUAAUGCAAGUAAUCCCAGCACUCAACUAUGCAGAAAUGGAGAUGGAAAAAUGUCCUCCAAACCAGCAGGGGCGCUCUCAGAUGUCUUUAGAGAAGCAUUUGCAAGACUAUGGGAAUCUUUUUCACCCAGGGCUAUUGGACAUUCCCACCAGGGAAGCCAGUAUGUUUCCAGAUCAAUAUGAUGUGCCUGGUGGUUUUACCCUAAUAUCGCCUAAAUGGUCACAAGAGGCUGGUACUCAAUUAAAAUCCUAUUUUGAUGAGCCUUGUGGCUUUACGAUUCCAGUAGGGAGGGCAUUGGAGUUACUCACUGCCGGUCGACAACAGCGUGGAGAUGAACACGAUGAUGAUGUCUAUUACUAUAUAUCAUCACCUGAGGAGGUGCCACAGACUGAUGCCCCUAUUGAAAUGGAGGUGACAAAGCAAUCUGAGGCCAUUAGUGAUGCCUCUGACAGGACAGCUGAAACAGUUGAGAGACAAAAAGAUGAACAAAUGUAUUUGUCCACAGAGCAGUCUCAACCUGCUUUGCCAGAGGGGCGUGGAAAGCUGGGAACAGCUGUAGUUACAGUAGCUGACAGUGUUUUAGAAUAUCCAACUUCCACAGUCUCACCCAAAUUGGGUGAUGUCCCUGCAGAGAAUUGUGUAAGUAUUGAGACUAAUGUUGAGAGAAAAUCUCAAGGUAGUAAUAAAGCAGAUGCUGAUGGAGUCGUUGUAGAUUUAUCUACAAAAGAGACUCCCAUCCAAACUAGCAAUACACCAUUAAUCAGAUCAGUAGAAGAAGGUGCUACUGCUGUUAGUGGGGGGAUGGAGGAUAAUACACAUCCUGAGAAAACAAUGCCUGAUCCUGAUAAGAAAGUAAAUCGGAGGUCCUUUUCAAGGCGUAGAGGUAGGAAGCGCAGAACUCAUUGGAAAAAGAUUGCUUUACCAACUUCAAGUUUGCCUGUCGUUUCGCCAGUGAAUUCUCCCGAUGACCCUACGAAAGAGCAGAUUAAGACUGAAACCGUGCAUGAUGAUGACAUCAAUCAAAGACCCCAUUUAACUCGUAGGGGCAAGGAAUGCAGGCGAAAUCUGAGUGAAGCCAGACAAGCACAAGACCCUUUAUUAAGUGUGACAGCUAAAACUAUAGAUGAUCAAAGUAUAGAAAAUGAGACAAGUCCUUCAAAAAGAAAUUGGCGGUCUCUUCCAAGGCGUAAAAGAUUGUGGAAUACAGAUGCCAGUCUGAAACGUUCUUUGAGAUCAGAUGCUGUAAAGAACUAUGAGGAAACUACAGUGAAUGUACAGCACAAUGAAACAAAACAAAGUUUGUCUAGCUCACACAAGAGGAAGAUGGAGGGAUUUAAUUUAAAGGAACGAUAUGGUUUAAAGACCAUAAUCACAAACUGUGGUAGAGUCUUUGUUCCGCAUGGUUCAGAUGUUGACGUAGAGUCUGCAAAAAAGGAGAAAAUGCAUGUUGAGAUGAGCAUUGACACAAAUACAGAAAUGGUUUCUCCUGUGGAGAAAGAAGUAGUGGAAAGUAAGGGAGAAUCUCCCUCGAUGGGUAAAGAAGAAUUGCCCUCAAAAGAUCCACUGGUCAAUGACAAUGAAGACUCAGACAGCCCUUCCGAAGACAUGCCAAGUGCUCUCCUGUCAGCACUAAGGAUAUUGAGAAAGCUUAACAAAACCCAUCCAUCAGAAAGUGACAAAAGUCAGGAUUUAUGUCCAGAAAAGUCCAUGAAUGCGACAUCAAUCAUGGCUGUAGGAGUCCAACAAAAUAACAAAGAUCAUCCUGCUGCUGUUCAAGCAGAUGCAACUUCCAGUAUUCCCAGAGUUUCGGACCAGUUCACGCAUUCAGACCAAAAAGUAUCAUCUCCUGAUAAAAUCAAAAAGAAAGCAAAACAUGGUGUGUACAGUGCAAUAUCUAUAAGCAAAUUAAAGACAGUUCUCAGAAGAGGAAAGAGGAUGAAAUCUCCUUCCCCUGGUGGAAGUGCAAAAUCUGAACCAGAUAACACAGAGCCAGAGUCAAAAAAAGGAAAGUUGGGUGCCAUCAUGAAUCUGAAGUGUGAUACUGCCAAAAAUGAGUUGAAAGACAAAGGAUUACAAUCCAUGAAUGAUGACGCACAGCAUACGCCAAUGAAAAGUGUUGAGUCAACAAAACAACAUGUGUCUUGGAGAGGUCUUAUUCACAAGGCACCAAAAGAAAACGGGUCCCUCAAUUUUGACACAUCAGCACCUUUUGAAAUAGCUAAGCACACUGACCAGCAGCUCAUAUCUUCGCUUAUUGGGGAUAGGGUGGGAAGGAGAAGAAUUAGCACUGAUGGCAAAGCCAAUACAGAGAGACUGAGCACGGGUGCGUCUCUGCCCCCAGAUGCUUUGAGUUUACUGGCUGACUUGGCCCUUGGUGCAAGUAAUGAUAAAAUGUUAACAAACAUAGAAGCCAAGGCAGGCCAGGAGGCCCUUUAUGGAGUGAAUGCUAGCGGCUCCCCGGAGUCAGUCCUUCAUGCACUUCUUCGUUAUCCAUCAACCAGAUUUAAAUUACCCCCUCGGUCUCCUUUCCCAGAAGGUCUUUUAGUGACUGGGGAACUGAUUUUGGAAAUAUCAAAAGAGCAUUCUUACUCACAGACCACCUCUCCGCUGUCAGGUUUGUCAGGUCCAUCUCCCAAGGUUUCUUUUCCAUCUGGAAGUGUAGAAUCACCUCUGUCAUUGAAAACUGGGCUUCAUCUGAACCUACCCAAAGACGCUGUGGCCUCAUGUCAUCAAGAGGACGGGGGCAAAGCCGAAUGGAAGCAUUUGAUUUCUCCAAAUAAGCCAUUGCCGGAGAUCCUAAAGACGAAACCGCGGAGAUCCAGAAUUUUACGCAACAGAAGCAUAAUCGAAAAGGAGGGAAUGAUUCAAGUGACGAGGAUUUGGAAAGAGCCGUAUGAUUUUAAAUUUGACAGCAAGUUCACCAAUGAAAGUAAAGACAAAACUGUCACACGAGCACUUCAUGGGAAAUGGAGCUUCAACAUUGAAGACACCUAUGAGGAUGUCCAUCUCAUUUUUCACAUGUGGAUUGGUCUUUUCUAUAGUAAAACCUCCUCCAGGUUAUUUCACCUUGAAAAUAGUGCCGCACUUUCAAAGGAGAAGGAGGUUGAAAUUGUUCAUUUGGACAUAAAUGCUAUUCAGAAUGCCGUGUCAUUGCUCAAUGUUGAUUUGAGCCAGAAAGCGGACUCGUCCAAGCCUGUGCAUGUUCCAUCAGAGAUUUUGGAUCUCUCUGUGAAAAAUGAUGAGCCUGUGAAUCUUCGUUCAGUCUCAAAUCAGUGCAAAAGCAUAGACACUGCAUCACAACCUGGUGAAAUGUCAUCUCCGAAGCAUGAAAUGGCACCAAGGCGUUCACCUUCUGGGACAAGUCUUUCUUCCAGUCCGAAAGUUACAGCAUUGAUGAAUUAUAGAUCUGCUGUGGAUGUACCAGUGGAAAGUUCAGUGCCUGACAGUGACAAUGGCACUGAUGAUGAAAAUGACAUCACCACUGACUGCUCAUAUUCACAGCACUUGGAAAAAAACACUGCGUACAACUAUUUGUGUGAGCAAGCAUCAAAUAUGAGAAUAGGUGUUCGGAUACUUCAACCAAAGGUCAAAAAUGUUGCAAAUAAUAAAGCAUCCACCAGCGUGACCACUUCUGGUCCCCCCAAAAUUGGUGUUUUCCAUCAAAUACUAAGUCCCAUAAAACCAUCAGCAUUCUCAAAACCACACCGUCUGAUUUUGGGUAGGAAAAGUUUUGAUCUGGGUUUAAAGAAUGAGACUGGGCAUGUGCCGCAUGUAAUAUUCCAAAAGGCGAAUAUGCCUGACAGUAAAGAGGUUUUUGACGCAAAGAAAGAAAUAAAGAAAGAUGAGUGCCCAGAAGCUGUGGUUGAUGAAAAUGUUGACAAGACUUUAGAACUUAAAACUGGAGCAUCUGUUUUGGUGGAGGAAGAGAGUGUAUCUUUAGCUGAAGAGAGUAAAGUUCUCUCAAAUGAAGAUAGCCGGCGUGGAUGUCUGACAAUUAUGGAAAAUGGAAGUGUUGAAGAAAACAUAACUACCGAAAUGCCUAGCCAAGAUCAGUCUAGUAUUGUAGAGCAUAAAGAGACUGCUCAUGCAAAGGAAAAUCUUAAACCUUUACUAGAUCUGAAAGAUCAUGCAAACAUGGUUGAUGAGCUGAGAGAUACUGCAUCACAUGAGACUGUUGAGGAGCAUAAUGAGAUGUCAAAUGCAAUGGAUGAACGGAAACCUUUACUAGAUGACACAAAUCUAGUUGACCAUGUUGAUGAGCUAAGUGAUACUUCAUCAGAUGAGAGGAGAGUUGAAGACCAUAACGAGACUUCUAAUGCAGAUGAAGAACUUAACUCUGUGCAUGAUCUGAAAGAUCAUGCAAAUAUGGCUGAUGAGCUGAAAGAUGCUUUGUCAGAAGAGACUAACAUUGAAGAGUGUAAUGAGGUUUCUAAUGCAAAAGAUCAGUCAAAUGAGACUGAAGGUAAUGACACUAAAGAGCUGGUGGAAGAGAAAGAAGGUCAUACAGGUGAGGAAAUGAUGCAAGAAAUAAAGAUUAAGUCAAAGGAAGAGGCAAACCUGGGUGCCAGUGAUACUGAACAUGAGACAUCCACAACAAUGGAGGCACAUCUAGGUGAGCUUGCUUUGGGUCUGCAGGAUGAUCUAAACUGUAUUAAUAUGGAAUUCAGUGACGAGGAUUCUGAAACCCAGGUACCGAUGGAAGUUUAUGUUCAGAACAGCUCCACUGACAAAUCAUCUGCCUUCAUCGAUGAUGACCAUGAAAUGAAGAUGCAAAAGAGUGAAAAACAAUCUCAGACACUAGAGGAGGCAAAGCUUGAAGAUGCCCUUGAAGAAUUUAGCAAAGAUUCAUGCCAGGUUGAAGAUCAGCUCAUGUCUGUUCAAGAGAAACACACCCCAGCUGCUAAUAAUGAUACUCCUGAAGUAAUGCAUGAUGAAAGUGAAACCAAGAGCAUUGAGCAGAGUAUAGUGGUCCAACAAGAAGCUCUUGACGUUUGUCAGGAUGAGUCAAAACCAACAAGUACUGCUGAACCCACCAAAAUAGAUAUGAGUCAUUCAGAAAAAGAUGACGAAAGAGAUUUAGGCCAACAAGAUGCAUCUGAGGUCACUGGUGAGGUUGACACACUCGUUGUUGAGAAUGAAACACAAAGUCAAGGUUCUUGUGAAGAUCAGAUCAUAGAAACAUACCAAGAAUGCCUGUCCCCCAAAAUUUGUGCAUUACCCCCCAAUACCACAACUGACUCUCGUAAUGAAACAGUUGCUCGUCAAGCUUUGACAAUCAACAAACUGUCAGAAGCGGAGGUAAACAGUAUGUGCUCUACUCCCACUCAAGAUGAAAUCCCAUGUUAUCCAGAAGUAAACAAAGGAUUCAGGGAAGAGGAUAUGAAUAGGGACCUGUACUAUCCAGACAACACUGAUCACUCUGAUAUGUUGCCACCUAAAAGUCCUGUAAGCCCUCACCCCCAUGUUUCUACCAUAACACCAGUAUCUGACUUUACAGGACAUUAUGAAGAAAUCCACAAUGACAACCUAAGGUGGAAGAGAAGUAAAUACCCUGGCACAAUGGAUUUUAAAGAUAAAUAUGCAUUAACUACUGAGUAUUUACCCAGUGAGGACCCUUUUAAGUUAAGGCACAAACUCUAUCCCACCUCUCAACAAAAAGAUGAUGAGACCGGUGACUUCAUAGAGGGUGCAUCUCAAAAUAAUUCUGAACUCUAUUACAGAGAUGAUUUGCAUGGAUAUUACCACAGAUCUGAUGAAGAUAUACCGUGGCAGGAAUACCAAACAGAGGAAUCCAUUGAUCACCAGUCGUACCCAUGCGAGAAUGACUCUGGUGGAGACAAUGAUCCACCCAGUUGUUCUAAGUAUAUCCCAUCUGAACGUGAGUAUUCCUACAAGCACAAAAAGCGUGCAAAAAAAGUGGCCGAUGACUAUUGUUGGGAAGAAGACAAUUAUAAAUCGGACCCUCUAUCUUUCAAAUGGCCAAUAAAGGUUACUUGUACUGCAGACUAUGAGACGAAAAUAGACAGAAGUUCAAAAAAGAAGUCUAGAAAAAGCAAAUUCCCAGGUGCCCUCCAUCAAAAUACUGAGUGGAAUGACAAAGACUAUUCCAACAGCAUCCAAGAAAGGUCAUCCUUUGAAACGUAUCAAACAAAGCCAACUAGGUCGGUCACAGUUAGUUCCCUUCCACAUGUUGAGCCAAGCAAGCAGCAGUUUGACUGGCGCAGGUAUUUUAGAAGGGAGGCGACUUGGAGUCAGCUAUUAGAUGCGAGUGAGAGGGAUAACAAAUUUGACAUUCCACUCUCAUCCAUUGUCACCAUUUUGGACAGGAAAGGAAACCGUGUUAUAUUCAGUAACUCUCCCACCAUGAAACCAUCUUUUGGUGGAAGUAAUUUGACUGAAGAACUUGAAGAUUCUUUUAAUGACUGGCAAGAACAACAAAGUAAGGCUAACGUGACCCGGUCUGCACUUGAUCUCGAGUACCUCAUCUUCUCUGAAAAUAUUGAUCGGGUUCUCAAAGAAACUAAGAGCUCUGCCAGUACCACAUCAAGCUGUAGGUCAAAUCCUGACCUGGCUACAUGUCCCAUGACUGUUCGGUUUUCAAAUCUCAGUGAAGUAGAGAAUUCUGCUGAACUUUGUGAAGCACAGCCAUCACUAACCAAUUUUAAGAUUAAAGUGGACAUGUCCGACAGGAAAGAGACGAGGGAAAAAGUGAGAAAUCUUAAACAUCUCCAAAGACCUUUCUGUGAAAAAGGCAAUGAUGUUAAGUUCUCUGGGAUAUCAGAAAUAACAGAGCAAUGCACUGUUGCGUACAAGUCCAUGAUAAAUGAUGUCUGCAGCGGGAAGACUCCCCCUCGUGCUGCUGAGACAAAAAAGAGGAAGUUUGAUCAAGAGAGUGUUAGCCAUUAUCCUAGAUUCUGUGGGCGCAUCAAGAAAGACGUUUUUGACAAUCCUCAUGACAAUCUGAAGUCUACUGUGAGGCAAGCAUCUAAGAUUAAGUACAGGUUCUAUAUCCUUGUCACAUCAACAGAUACCUUCUUUGAAGAAACCAAGAACCUUUUGGAGAUUGAGGGCCACAUACCAGUUGAGCCAGAUGAGUUUGACCUCAAUGGUGACGAUCAGUCCCCUCUGCUCAUUAUACUGAGGAAUGAGGACAUUGCAGAGCACAUAUGUGAGGUACCUUAUUUGCUGGAAUUGAAGAAGUUGCCCAGUGUCCUGUUUGCUGGCAUUGACCGACCCGAUGACGUGGUGAACCUCACUCACCAAGAGCUUUUUGCUAAGGGAGGCUUUAUAGUAUGUGAUGAAUUGGCUCUCGACACACUUACUCUAGACGACAUGAAAAAAGUUGUUGGAAUCCUGGAGGAGUUAGACAAGCAAGGGAAAUGGAAAUGGUUUCUGCACUACAGAGACAGUCGCAGACUUCGGGAAAAUGCAAGAUCCAGUCCUGAGGGAAGUAGGAAGCAGCAGUUUAUUGAUAGCUGUCAGAAAGCUGGCACAGUCGAGGUCUUGCCAUAUCAUGACUGUGAUGUCAUGUCACGGGACCGACCUGACUACCUUUUCUGUUUGACUCGACUCCAGAUCCAAAACGCCUCUGUUCGGUUUCCUGUGUUUAUUACAGAUAUGCCAACUGAAUCUUUUGGAACAAAUGGAAUUUUAACAAUGAACAUUAACACAUUCUCACGGAUUCUUUCAAAUGAUACUUGUUCUGUCUCAUAAAUGUUUUUUUUUUUUCAAAAUCCAAUAUCUUACCAUUGGUAAGUAAAGCUUUGUUCAUAGAAAUAAUUUAUUGUUUAUCACAAAUGUUAAAGCAUAUAUCUUUGUUACUCAUAUGUAAGUGUUUACAAUUGAUCAAAGUUUUCUGCUGAGAACUUUACGGUUUAUAAUACAAUGAAAAUGUACAAAUGUAGGUCAUGAAAAUGUUUUAGUAUGUUUUAACCUGAUGUUGUUUUUUAUAGAUGAAAUUUGAUUGAAACUCUAAUAAAUGAGCUGAUUUAG